CAAUUUUUUUCCUCUAAACAUCUUUCUGUAAUCUGCUCACAAAAUGACUCACUCUCGUCUAAUCUUUUUUGCAAUGAUGGCAGUUAUCACUCUUUCAUCAAUGGAUGACUGCAAAGGAGUUGCGGCCUUGCGCCACCUUCUCCAGGUAGACUUGCCUGAGAUUCCUAAGCUUGAAUUUCCAUCAUUGCCAGAAAUCCCAACUUUGCCAAAGCCGGAGUUACCAAACCUGCCGAUGCCUGAGUUUCCAGGCUUGCCAAAGCCAGAAUUGCCAGAAAUCCCUGAGCUGCCUAAACCAACAUUUCCUACCAUUCCAGAAACUCAUUCAACCACUAAUCCUUAAAACUCUAUGUUCUCCCGCACAUACCAGAUUGGCACUUCUGGCUUAUUAUGAGUUUCUAUCUUACAGUCAAAUACUAUAUGGUUGUGCUUAUUGUUAUGUAAAAAAUACUAUGUAAGGAUUGCUUUCCUAUGAGUGUCAUUUGUUUUUUAUUUUGUAUUAUAGUUAAUGAAUUUUCUUGUUUUCAUGUUACCAUUCUCCUUCA